AUGGCCCCCGCCGUGACGCACAUCACGCCGCCCGACCUCUCGACGCUCCUCACGCCCAUCCUCCCCGCGCUGGUCCCCGCGGCCGCCUCCUCCGCCCCGGCGCCGGGCAUCCUGCCCUUCCUCGCGCCCAUUCUGCGGCAGCGCGUGCAGAUCCUCUCGUCCGCCUCGCAGGAGCCCUGGCUGCGGCUGCUCUGCUGCGACCCGGCCAGGGCCCCGCGGCUCGCCGAGACCGUCGCCGCCGCCGCCCGCCUCUUUGAGCCGCACCCCGUGUCCGGCGAGGUCGAGGUCGACUGGGCCUGCGACGCCGCCGCCCGCUUCCGCCGCCUCGACCGCGAGACCCUGCAAGGCCUCGUCGUGCUCGCCCAGACGGGCCUGACGUUUCGCCUCGUCUACUGCGUCGACGACCCCGACGGGAACCCCGACGGCUGGCGCAUCGCCGAGGUCACCGUCGCCGACACCAACGCGCCCUUUGCCGACUUUGGCGGCGCUGCCGCCACUGCAAAGUCCAUCCCUGAGGCGGAGCGCCUCUUCCACCAGACGGCCAAGCCUGCGCCCACCCCCGCGGCGCCUACGCAAGCCAACAACGACGAUGACGAUGAUGAUGAUGGCUACUGGGACCGCUACGACGCGACGCCCGCGCGCACGCCGGCUAAUAACCGCUCCCCCGCGCCGCCGCCCGCCAACGGCCGCACCGGCCUCCGCUACGGCCAGCCCACCGCGCCCGCCACGGACAAGGACGAAGACGACUACUACGCGCAGUACGACGACGUGCAGCCCGCCAUGGAUGGCCACGACCCCGACGAGGCGGCCCACGCCGCGCAGCUCGAUCCGCCUGCGACCGGUCUCGCCCCGCUCGCCGCGCAGCCGCCGCCGCAGGAGGGCGGUCCUGUGCGCAGCCGCACCAGCUCCGAGGAGCGUCUCCUACUGCAGCACCCGCGGCCCGCGUCGAGCGCGUCGUCGCACGGCUCGCACACCGUCGCCAAGCUGGAAGCGGCGGCGGCGGCGACGACCGCCGGCAUGCAGGAGCUGUCCGAGUUUGGCGUCCGGCAGCACGUGUCCCGCAGCAUCCGCAGCCUGUUCCAGCUCUCCCGCAGCAUGGGCAUUGGCCGCGAGGAGUUUGAGCAGAUGGUCAAGACGGAGCUUGACGUGCUGGGCAUGAUGGAGGAGUAG